UCAUUUUCGUUACUCAGGGUUUGAGUCUUUUCCGCUUCCUGAAAUUUUCUUUUACUUUUCUCUCGAAGAUUCAUCAAUGGCGCAAGAGGAGGUUAAGAACGGAGGCUCUGAGAAGGCAGCAGCGGCUGUGGCAUUCACUACGUUGAAGCCGCAGUUGCUGGUGGAAGCACCCAAGGCGAACGACGCUGUUCUGUUCUACAAAGCUGCUUUUGGUGUGGUGGAGCUGGACCGCACUUCCCAGUCGAAGCGCAAGGCUGAGCAGGAGCUCCCUCUCAUCCUGUCGGCCCAGCUCCAGCUCGCCGGCUCCACCUUCGUCGUCUCUGACGUUGAUGCGGACUCUGAUGCUACGCUGAAGACUGGGGGAUCUGGAUGUGUGCUAUGCCUGGAGACUGAAGAUGUGGAAGCUGCCAUCGCCAAGGCCGUUGCCGCCGGAGCUGUUGCAGAGGGGGGUAUUGCGGACGGUCAAGACGCGUGCUGUGGUGGACGCGUGGGAAAGGUGAAGGAUCCUUAUGGCUUCGUUUGGCUCAUUUGCUCGUCUACCAAGAAGUGUGCUACUGUAGAAGCAUAGGUAUCGUUUGAUUGAUCAAUCCUGACCCCUGAUAUAUAUUUUGAAUGGGUUAGUGCCUUAAUGGUGAGUCAUCUGGCAAGAAAAGAAAGUUCUCUAGCUGUGUUUUUUUUUUUUUUUUUUUAAGAAAUUU